CCCCCUCACCAUUGUCCUGCGUGUCGUCUGCUAUAUCAGCUAUUGUGUGUCGUCUGCUAAGUACUGGAAAAAAUUUAUAAAUUAUAACUCAAAAUAUUAAGAUUAAAAAAUAUUUAAAAUAGGAAUUGCUUGAGUAUGACUACAUUGUAAAGUCUUUUUUAUGAGCCGAAAAACUUAUUAGCUUUUCGAUACAAUAUGACUGCUCCCUCUUUUGAAAAUGCAAAAGAAGAUGAUGACAUCGAAGAUCCAGUUGAUCGCAUGUUGAAACAAACCGGAUGCAUGGAAUUACAUUAUAAAGUCCAGGAAUGCAUAGCAGAGACCCAAGACUGGAGAAAAUGUCAGGAGCACGUGCAAAAAUUUAGAGAAUGUAUGGAAGAGUACCAACAAAAAAAGAUACGAAAAUCCUAAAAAUGGCCUCCAUUUUUAAUCGGAUAAA